GAGUUUGGAAUUUAAUAAUAAUUAAAUAAUUAAAAUACAAUAAUUUAUUAAUAUAACGCCUUUAUCCAAGCUUAUCGUCGAAAAUCAAAGAAAGCUAAUAGCGCAAGAGGAAACAGAGGCUCCUCCUUUAUAUGAAUAUUUUCACCGUGUUUCACUUGAUUGUCGUGCGGUAAUGAUUUCUUGAGAGAUCUCGAGGCGCAUUGACUUUUAUUUUGAUAACUCCUGGACAUGACUAUGUUGUAGAUUGCCGCACGUGGCCUCUGUUGCCACAUGCACGACUCCAGCGUUCUUAUUAAAAAUGCUGCUGUCAAUGUCCCAUUUUGCAAUGGAGGCCUUUAACGAAAUGUUACUACAAUACCCGCCGUUAAUCGUCUGUGGCAUCGGAGCGACGGGGGUUGCUGCAGGAGGAGCGCUGAUCUACAAACUUACAACCAGGAAGAAACCAUCUCAUGUCAAAGUAAAUUGUUGGUUCUGCAAUCAGGACACAGUGGUACCAUAUGGGAACAGAAACUGUUGGGAUUGCCCAUACUGUGACCAGUAUAAUGGGUUUCAAGAGAAUGGGGAUUACAACAAACCAAUUCCUGCUCAAUUCAUGGAGCAUCUCAACCAUGGAAUUUCAGCUAGUGUUCCUGAGUCACCUAAAACUCUGCAGUGGGUCAACUGCCAGAUGCUUUUGUGCAGGAAGUGCAACAACAACCAGGCGCUCAAGAUUAAGCAGCUGGCCUCGUUCAUCCCCAGGGAUGAUGAAAACUAUGAUGAAGAGAUCGAGGUGUAUAAGCAUCACCUUGAGCAGACCUACAAGAUGUGCAGGCCAUGCCAGACUGCAGUGGAGUACUACAUAAAACAUCAGAACCAACAGCUGCGAGCGCUGCUCUUCAAUCACCAACUCAAACGUAGUCGGGAUGCUGAUAGGGCUUUCGUUAAGAACACCUACUCCCUCUCCACACCAGCCUGGUCUAUCUUGCUUCGAGUCCUUGCCUUUUUCACCUGUGCCUUCUUGGUAGCUGUUGCUUUCUCUGGAUCUGGAGAUCCAGAGUUGUCAUUCAAGGUCACACAGCCCUUAAGGGGAGUCGCCGCCCCGCCCAAUCACCCCCUUAAAAAUGGCAGUGAAACCAAGGCCAAUGAGAGCACCAAGAUGUGGGCCGAUUUUGUGGGUCUUCUACCAGAAGAGGCCGCGAAGAACGCCAUGCUAGUGUGGAAGUCUGGAAGUGAUAACCAGAUGGCUGUGGCCUCUGUUGGUUUCCUGACUUGCAUCACAGCUGUCUUAAUGGCUGGACAUGUCAGGAGGAUUGAUGCAUUGGCCUCAGUGCUGUGGCUCUUGUUGAUAGGCUUCUACCUGGCUGAGUUUUACCUGAAGACAGACAUCCCAGACUGGUUGGAAAUGGUCAAGUUUGGCAUCAUAUCUGUGUGUUGUCUGGUGGGAUUCACUGCUGCUGUAGCAACACGCAAAUUUAUGAGUCCGAGAAGAGCCAGAGGUCACAGGUAUCUGUCUGGCUUUUCGUCUGAGCUAUACUACAGCAGUCACUCUUCUCUGUCUGCACCUGUGUCUGGAUCCUCUAACUUCAUCCCCAUGCCGCCUCCAAACCUGUCACAGCUGCUCAUCCGCCAGCAAAGCCACAGAACACGAAAGGUCCCUCCCUCCUCGUUGCCUGGCCGACUCAACAGGGCCCUCUCUUUGGGAACGAUCCCCUCCCUAGCACGAGCAGAUUCAGGCUUCCUGUUCAGUGGAAGUAAACCUUCACAAUACAAAGGCAAUCCACCUUCAGACUACUUCCUAAAAUCUGGAAGCCAACCCUCCUCUCCUGGACCGUCUCCAACCCCUUCUGUGGCUAGUUCAGUCACCUCCACCUCCAGCUCUGCCAGGCAGCGUCGGCCCCUCAUUAGCCCAGCGAGACUCCACAUCAGUGGGCAAAGGCUGCAGCUCUUUUCCUCUCCUCUGGAGCCUUUAAGUUUUCCCUCACCGCCUCCCUUUCUGUCUGAGCAAAGCCAUGUGCAGAGCGGAGGAUUUUUGCCUGAUGUUCCACACAUUCAUUCACUCAAUCAAGGUUCACUGAUUGAUGAAGGCAGUGAAUUUGAGCAUGUGGAGAAGAGAAAGGGCAGCUCCUCUGUGUCUUCAAACUGCCAAGUAGACACAACCACUGGAAAUGGAUGUGACCGCAAGUCUGAAUGGAAGGGUUUCUUGGGCCUGUCCCUUUGGCCUGGUCUACUGUUCACAAGCCUGACUAUCAACCUAACCUUCAUCUGCUUCUAUUUAUAUUACAAUUGGAGAUGAAAAUGUGGGUCAGGAGUCAGAGUUCAAACUCAUCUGUGAUGUAUGCUGAUCUUUAUACCCUGUGUACUCUGUAAAUCUGGGUUCUUUAACAGGAAAUACAUGGGGAACAUUGGUCUUGUGUGAUGAUUUCAACCAUUUUUUGCUGCUGAUGCUGCUGUUUCUGAGUUACAAAGUUUCCUUACUGGCUUUUUGCCUGGUCAUGUAAUGAGACAACCUUGUUCUCUUAACUUAAGCUCUGUUAAUACAGAGAUUCUCCAUUUAUGCAGCAAAGUACGGUGUGAGCUUUGUAAAACAUGUUUGUGCAUGUUCAAUCAUCAUUUGUUUGUACUUUUAAACACUGGAUGUGUACGAGAACGAAUGAGCAUGCUGUGUUUAUUUAAUAUAAUGAUGUUUGCUGGACACGUGGUAUAUCUUUAUUAAACAUACUUCUGGCUGUUCUUUGCCAGGUACUGGUGUACAUGAGUAUUUUUGUAUAUCCUGCUUCCUCCAAGGAUAAUGCCAUUUUCUCAAUUUAAAUAUUUGUGUUGAUCUACCUAUGUCAACAACCAUGACACUGAAAAGUAUUGAGUUAUAAAAUAUCCAUAGAGCAGAUUCCUAUUUUAUUCAUUCAGGCUUUGUUUUAUGAUAUAAAACCGGAUUACAGGAUAUAAAAUUGUUUCAAUUACCAGAUUGAAAUAAAUCUUCAUUGUAACAGUUAUAUGAUGUUUUGUUGUCUUCUGUGUGGCAUAUACUGCUUCAAUGAAAUAUUACAUGCAAAAAUGAUCAUUUAAACUCAAAGCUGAGUGUAUUGAUGUAGCAACCAUCUUAUUUAAAUUGUUUCUUUUUGUGUGUCUUUCAUUUGUUAAACUGUGUGUUUCAAGGUAAAAGAUCAUGUAUUGUUAAUGUCAUGAAAGAACUGUGUACAUAAAAUAAAUGUGCCAUCUUAAUGUGAUAUUAAUAUUCCUAUUAACAUUGCUGACUAUCUGUACUUUGUUUUCACUAGAAGUAACUGGAAGAAAACUAGAUGACUUGUAUUCAGAAAUUCUUAAUAUAUUUGAUGGAAAUUUUAGUUGCUUUCUUGGUGAAAAGAUGGUUCUGAAUGGCUUUACACAUCUUUAUAAUUGUCAUUGUGGAAAAAUUGUUUGAAGUUAUUAUAUUGCUAUGUACUUGGAGACAUUCUCCUGUUCUUGCAGGUUGCCCUUUUAAAUUUGUCGAUUGCCUGACAGGUUCUACAUAAGCAACAUUUAUAAAAAACACUAAUAUUUUUAUAUUUUUUGGUGAUGUGUGACACAUCAUUGAAAGUGAACUAUGAAAACUACUCCAGAGUUCCAAAUGUUUAUCUUUCUGUAUCACUGGUUCAGUGUAGACAGUCUGUCUCCUGAGAGUCAAUGAUAAGAAUCUCUGCUCUCUCAGCAUUGUACAUAAGUGAUCAAAUGCUUCUUGCUGUAAGAAUGUUUUAUGUUACUUUAGGAUACAUUCAUGCAAAGAGAAUAUUACUUGUGGUCAAAGUAUUGAAUCUAGAUCUACCGCAGUGGAUUAGCUGAAUUCUCAAACAAAACUACAAUGUUACACUGGUGUGCAAAGGGUGAGCAGAUCUGUCAGAGCAAUUGUGAAAAACAAGUCACUGAAAAAGAAAGUUAAUGCAAUACAUAGCAGUAACAUUAGAUUUCAGUGGCAAUUUAUAUAUAUUUUUUUCAUGCUACUCAAUAAAAUAAAUGAAUACUGUUGUUAGAUUAAAUUGCAUCAUUAGAUGAACCUGUUAAUAUUAUGU